GCCUGGAACGUCGAGUUAUUAAGUUAUGGCCUCCCUCGUAGAUGACGCAACCUCUUCGGAGGAGGAAGACACGGCACCCGUGCGCGCGAACUUCGGAUCGCUGCUCAUGGACGACGACUCCGACUCGGAGCACUCCGACGGCCAAGACGCCGCGCCGACGCCGGCGCCCGCGCUCGCGCCGGCGCCCGCGCCCGCGCGCAAGGCGAAGAAGAAAAAGAAAAAGAAGAAGCAGCAGCAGCAGCAGCCGCAGGACGAGGAGGAGGACGACAACGACGACGACGACGAGGCCGCGCUGGCCGCGGCGAUGGAGCGCGCGACCGCGGAGCAGGCCGCGCUCCCCGCGGCCGCCGACCCGAACGCCGUCGCGCCCGGCUACCUCCGCUUCGACUUCGGCCGCGUGGACCCGGAGCGGGAGCUCGCGAGCCGCUUCGGGUCGUCCGGCGGCGACGGCCGGCGGCGGGGCCUGCGCGGCGGCGGCGGCGGCGCGCGGCGGGGCGUCUUCGGCCCGGCCGCGGAGGGCUUCGAGCCCGCGCCGACGUUCGGCAAGGGCGGCCUGCGCUGGGUCGCGGCGGCGCCGCCGGCGCGGGGCCGGCCCGGCGAGGCCUGGCACGCCUUCGAGGCCUCCGACGGCUACGCGGCGGCGUCGCAGGCGCUCGCGGCGCUGGUGGGCGACCCGAACGAGCUCGGCCGCCACGUCGCCAACAACGCGCACCACGCGCCGGCGCUCUGCGCGCUGGCGCGCUUCGUCUGCCGGUUGAACAGGCCCGAGCUCGCGGGGCCCCUGCUCCUGCGGGCCGGCGCGGCCUACGAGGCCGCGAUGGCCGCGAACAGCGAGAAGACGCGCGACGCGGUGAGGCGCGCCGCGAUCCGCGUCGACGCGACGGAGCCCGAGCACGCGCCGCUCUUCGUCGCGCUGCACCGGCGCGCGCGCUGCGCGGCCAUGCGCGGCGCGCCGGAGACGGCCGCGAACCUGUUCCGGCUGCUCCUGUCCUUGGACCCGCGCGGCGACCCCUGCGGCGUGCUGCUGCGGCUGGACGCGGACCUCCUCGCCGCGGAGCAGUACGACGCCGUGCUCGAGCUCCACGGCGCGAACGUGCAGGUCGCGGCGCUGCCGGCGGCCCUCGCGAGCGCCGCGUGCCCGCUCUUCGACGACCCGCCGCGCGCGGCGAAAUCGAAGCCGGCCGGGCGCCUCGCGCCGUCGACGACCGCGCUGCUCCCCGGCCUGUGCCUCAACCGGGGCCUGGCGCUCCUGCGCCUCGACCGGCGGUCCGAGGCCGUCCGGGCCGUCGCGGAGGCGCUGUCCAUGUUCCCGCACCUCCUAGCCUGCGUGCUCGACGCGUGCGGCGUCGACGCGGAUCGCGACCGGUCGACGAACUACGACUUCCGCGAGCUCCUCUGGCACGACCACUUCCGCGCCAAGGCGCGCGACGAGGCGCUGCGGCGGGCCUUCGACGUCGGCGCGCUGCCCGUGGCGCUGGACGCCGCGUGCCUCCGGGGCCGCCACCUCUGGCGCGCGCCGGACGCGCUCCGCCUGCUCCACGACGGCGCCGCGGCGCUCGCGCGGCGCCUCGGCCCGGGCAAGACGUCGGCGAAGACCCUCGCCGUCGUCGACACGGCCUGGGCGACGUCCGCGCUGGCGAAGUACGCGGCCGUCCCCGUCGAGGAGUUCGCGGACGGCUUCCCGCAGCUGGGGCCCGAGGCCGCGGAGGGCUUCGACGAGGCCAACCUCUCGCCCGACGCGGCCCGCGAGGCCGCGCGCCAGGCCCAGGGGCCCGUGCGCCUCGCGCGCGGCCAGCGCGGCGCCGUGACGCUCGAGGACCUCCUCGACCGGCUCCCGCCGGAGCUCCGCGCGGACUUCGCCGCGCGGCUCGACGCGGGCGUCGCGCCCGAGGACGUCCAGGACGCGCUCCUGGCGCUGAUGGCGCAGCAGCCGAUGGGCCGCCGCCGGUCCGAGGAGGACAGCAUCGCGGCGCUCGAGUUCGCGUUCUGCAACUUCGAGAACGACGACGAGGCGCCGCGGCGGCCGUCGAAGCGCCGGUCGAAGCGGCGGCGCGAGCGGGAGAAGGACAAGAUCGCCGCCAAGUACCUCGACGCCAACGAGAGCCUCGGCGCUCCGGACACGUUCUCCCACCCGAACCCGCUCGCCGACGACGAGCGCAAGGAGGACCCGCAGACCCUGAGCCGGUUAUCGUCGUCGUCGUCCGUGUCGAGCCUCGGCGAGGAGGCGACGCGCGUCCGCGGCCGGCGCGCGCCCGCGUGCUUCGCCGCCGCGGCCUCGGGCCUCUUCGCGGUCGCGUGCUACGCCGCGCUCGCCGCGCCGCCGGACGGCGCGACCGUUGUCGGGGCCUGGGCGGCGCCGCGGACCCUCGGCGGCGACGUCGUCGCCGUCGCGGACGGCGGCGACCUCGAGGCGCUCCAGUGGCGCUACGAGGGCUGGGACGGCGCGGCCUACGCGACGAAGACGUCCGCGCCGCUCGCGCUCGCCGCCUGCGGCCUGCGGCCCUACGGCUGCGUGGGGUCCUUCUCGCUCGGCGGGGCCUACGGCGACGCCAUCUUCGACUUCGUGGAGAUCUCCGCGAAGGCGAGCGCGGGCGUCAUGGACGUCGCCGUCCGCGAGCGCCGCGACGCGGGCGACGACACGACGCGCUCGCUCCGCGUCGACUACGGCGCCCUGCCGGCCCUAGUCACGGCGGAGGUCGAGCUCUCGCUCGCGGAGUCGGAGGAGCGGCGCCCGUUCCUGCGGCGGCGGCGGGCGACGCGCGCGGUUCGCUACGCGGGGUCGCGGACGCGGCUCCAGGACCCGGACGCGGCCCGCGGCGCGAGGCUCGUGCUGCGCGCCAGCGGCGCCGUGGUGCGCGAGGAAUCGCGGCCCCUCGCGCUCUCGAUCCUCGCGGACCUCGGCGGCGCGCUCGCGGUCGUCGCCGCCGGGAUCGCGCUGCUCGCGGUCGCGCUCGCCGCGGCGCGUUCUUUGGCGCGCGCGCUCCGCCGCCGCCGCGGCGGCGCGGCGCCGGCGCCGGAUGUCAUCGACGCGCCCUUCGCACGAACGAUGGUCAAGUCGAACAAAAAAAAAUCGUCGAAGAAGCGCUCCAAGGCGAAGAGCAAGAAGCAGGCCAUGCGGAGCGCGACGUUCGCGGCGAAGAAGCUCAUCGACAGCGCCAUCGCCGCGGGCGUGCGCGCCCAGGCCGAGGACGCGGCGGACGAGGGCGACGAGAGCAUGGAGCAGGUGCUGCGGAACAAGAAGAAGUCCGUGCGGCGCGCCGCCGCCGCCGCCGCGCGGCUCUUCGAGAUGGCGCUCGCCGAGGACACCGAGGGCGCGCGCGCGCCCGCCGACGCCGACGACGCCGACGGCGAUGAGGACGACGGCGACGGCGACGACGACGCCGAGGGCGAGGACGCCAUGGACGCCGACGACCCGCUGACGUCCAUGGCCGCGCAGGGCUCCGCGUUCGCCGCCGCGGCGAUCGAGCGCGCGCUCAAGACCGCGCGCGUCGAGGCCCAGGCGACGGCGCUCCUCGAGGGCAUGGACGUGUCGCGGCGCGACGAGCCGGCGCCGGCGCCGAGCGCCGAGCCCCCCGUCUACCUCGAGGACGCGUUCCGGUCCGCCGGCUACGAGUUCGUCGACGACUCGCCGGACGCGUGGGCCGAGUUCUGGGCCGACGCGCCGGACGUCGUCGCCAUCGACGCCGAGGGCACGCACUUCACGCCGCCGCUGCUCCUGCAGAUCUGCGCCCGGGGCCCGCGGAGGCGCGUGCUGCUCGUCGCGCCGACGGGCGACGCGCUCGGCGGCGACGUCGCGCGGCUCCUCGGCGACGCCUCGAUCACCAAGGUCUUCUUCGGCCCCCCGAGCCGCGAGCACCUCGGCGCGGCCAUCGCCAACGCCGUCGACGCCCAGGCCUUCGAGGUCGCCGCGACGGGCUACGUCGGCAAGCAGCGGGGCCUGGCGGCCGUCGCGGGCGACGCGCUCCGGCGCGCGCCCUUCGCGAAGCGCAAGGACCUCCAGCGGUCCUUCGGCUUCUACCGGUCGCGGCCCCAGUUCGGCCUCUCCCACAGCCGCCACUGGCUCUCGCCGGAGCAGCGCGCCUACGCCGCCGCCGACGCCUGGGCCACGCUCGCGCUCUACGAGUCGCUCGCGGCCGAGGGCCACGCGCCGGCCCGCGAGGACGCGCCCGCGACGGCGCCGCGCGGCGCGAGCCGGUCCCCGCCCAAGCCGCCCAAGCCCACCAAGGCCGCGGGGCUGCGGGAGCUCGCGCGCGCGCGCGCCGCGAGCCGCAUGGGCGGAAAGAACAAGCGCGGCUUCGUCGACGGCUUCGCCGCCGGCGUCGUCAAGCUCUCCAGCACGAUGCCGCUGGACACGAUCAAGGUGCAGAUGCAGCUCCGCAAGUCCGUCGACGCCGACUACCGGACCAUGGGCUCGUCGGCGCGGGCCAUCGUGCGCGGCCACGGCAUCGCGGGCCUCUACACGGGCCUCGGCGCGUCGCUGCUCAACCAGGGCGGCAAGACGGGCGUCCAGUUCGCGGCCUACCAGUUCUGGCGCGAGUCGCUCGGGCCUCUGGGUUUGGAAGCCGGCGGGCUGGCCUUCUGCGCGGGCGCGUCCGCGGCGCCGGACGGCGGCGAUUCACGCGCGCUCGCGGGCUUGACGGAGGCGUUCUGCUGGACGACGCCCAUCGAGCGCAUCAAGACGCUCCGCCAGGCCGAGCUCAACGCCGCGGCGCCGCGCGUCGACGCGUCGUCGCCGCUCGUGCGGGUCGCGCUCGUCCACGGCCGCAUCGUCGCGAACGAGUUCCCGCUGGGCCUCUGGCGCGGCACGGCGCCGACGAUGGCGCGCCAGGCCAGCGGCCUCGCCGUGCGCUUCCUGACCUACGACCUCGCCAAGGACGAGCUCCGCCGCUCCUCCGGCGCGCCGCGGCCCUGGCACAGCGUCCUCGCCGGCGCGUUCUCGGGAGCGGCGUCCGCGGUCGUCAACCACCCCGUCGACGUCGUCAAGAGCCGCAUGCAGGCCGAGGCGAGCCGCGCCGGCGGGCGCCGGCCGAACAGCGUCGCCUACGCGGCGCAGCUGCUCCGCUCCGGCGGCGCCGCGGUCUUCGCGCACGGCCUCGCGCCGCGCGUGCUCAAGAUCAUGUCCGGCCAGGCCAUCGUCUUCGGCGUCUACGAGAACCUCCGGACCGUCCUAGCGAACUAG